AUGCAUCACAUCGACCUGCCUGCCCUUCGGCUGACCUGUCGGGAAGUCAAUGACAACGUCCUCGACACGUUUGCAAAGACCCAUUUCUCCACCUUUGCAAUCUUGGUCCACCAUGAAGACAGUCUGAGGACUUUGCUAGCCCUUGCUCGGCAUGAACGUAUCGCACGCGCAGUGCGAAGGCUCGUCUUCUGCUUCGAGACCAUUGUGGCGGACGAUCCAGACUACGACACAUGCAUUUCCAACGGGCCAACAGAGCCUUCGCCGCCGCCGGGCAAGCAGGCUUUGCGCAAUCAGAAGCAAGCAGAGGCUCGCCAGAAUCGACUUCGCAAGCGAAAUCUCGACCUGCAACUCCUCACACAAGCAUUCACUGCUUUUGCUGGCGCAGGCAAGAAACUGGAAGUCGAAGUCACUCCGAUGGACCGAGGCCCCAUGAAGCCGCCGUACAAGCCAUGGGGUGCGAAAACGCUCUGGAGUGCUUGCGAGCAGACGCCCUUUGCAUUACAUGACGAUGAUCGGGAAUUAUUUCGGGCCAUCGAGCAGGGCCGUGUGAUCGUCGACAAACUGAACGUUUGGCACGGAGGCUUUUCCAACACUCUCGUCGAGCUCAACUGGCGUCACAAGCUCUACAAAGCAAUACGCUUUCCUUUCAACAAUCUCAAACGUCUCGAGAUUGCCUGCGCUUGGGAGGGUUGCGAUGCCAGUGAGAACGAUGUGAAGUUCGUUGCUGGUCUCCUUCAACACGCACGCUCGCUCCAGGCGCUCGAGAUCUACUCUACCCAUGACGACGGGCAACCCUGGGGUUGUCAUCUCCACAGUGCUGUCUUCGACAGGUACCUACAGCACAAUGUCACGACGAUGCGAUACCUACAUGCAUAUUUCGUGACGAUUGAUGGACAGACGCUCUGCGAGUUUAUCAAACGGAACUCCAAUUUUCAGACUCUGCGGCUGAGCUCCGUCAACCUUUACUGUGGUGAUGCUGUCGUCCCAAUUACCGAGAGUGAUGGACGAAUUGCCCGCAAUCUUCGAGAAGAAGCCAUCAAGAAGUAUUUUCGGGAGGAGACUGCGCUUGAGGACGUACAAGUCCCACUCUGCGAAGCACGCAAUGGAAGGAUGCCUAGCUUUCACGGCACAAGGUAUUGA